CCUAUUGUGCCACUAGAGCGCUCUACUCGCUAUCCCUCGAAGGACGAGCACCUCGUUUCCUGCGCCGCUGUAACAAGAAUGGAACUCCCAUCUACUGUUUUGCCAUUGUCAUGCUAUUCCCGAUGCUAUCUUUCCUCCAAGUUAGCAGCAGUUCUGCCGUUGUUAUUACAUGGCUAACUGCGCUUAUCACGGGAGGCGGGCUGAUCAGCUUCAUCAUCAUGUCGAUCACGUUUAUCAACUAUCACAAAGCCUGUGUCGUUCAGGGAGUUGAUCGCAAAACUCGACCCUAUUAUGGAUAUUUCCAGCCUUACGGUGCAUACAUUGCUUUGGGGUUCCAGCUACUCAUUCUCUUAGUGUACGGUUACUAUGCGUUCCGUCCGUGGUCAGUAGAGCUGUUCUUCCAGAGCUACACUAUGCAGAUCCUGGCCAUUGUUCUGUUUUGCGGAUGGAAGCUAUUUAAGAAAACUAGAUACAUAAGACCUCACGAGGUUGAUCUUAUCUGGGAGCGGCCUUUGAUUGAAGCCUAUGAGGACUCUCUAGUUGAUCCGCCAGUUGGCUUUUGGACUGAAAUGGCGCAAAUGGUUGGAUUCCGAAGGAAUAAGGUAGGCUUUCAUUAA